GCAAUCUUCGGACUUCGGAGCAGGAGUUAGGGAGGCCGUUAAAUCCUAAUCCGCAUCCUCCCGCCAUUUGUAACAGGUGAAGAGCAUGCCGCCGCCACUCUUUGCAGCGGCGGGCACCAUCUUCGGUUGCCCAAUCAGUAUAAUCCAGAGGAGGAAUGUUUAUUUCAAAGUAUCAUGCUCGAGGGAACACCAUGAUAAUCAGUCCGGAGUCAAGUACGAUUCUCUCAGGGUUUUAGAAUGGGAUAAACUCUGUCAAUCGGUUUCCUCUUUUGCCCGCACAUCCUUGGGUCGUCAAGCAACGAAGGCCCAGCUUUUGGCCCUCAAUCAAACGUUCCAUGACAGUUUGAGGCUUUUACAAGAAACUGAUGCUGCGAUCCAAAUGCACAACCAUGAUUCUUUUAACUUGGACUUGACUUCCGUCGACCUUGCUCUCGUUGAAGCUGCCAUCAAACAUGCACGGAGGCGUUUACCUUUAGAUGCAAAUGAAGCAAUGGCUCUUCUAUCUCUACUACAGUUUGUCGAAGCUUUGCAGCUUAGUUUAAAAGCUGCAAUCAAGCAAGACUCUCAUUGGUAUAAACAAUUCAUGCCUCUCAGUGAAAUGAUUACUCAACUGGUUGUAAAUAGAUCAGUAAUCAAGUUGAUUCAGCGAGUUAUAGAUGAAGAUGGCUCUGUUAAAGACUCUGCGAGUCCUGCCCUUAGAAAAGCUCGUGAUCAAGUCCGAACACUUGAAAGAAAGUUGCAUCAAUUAAUGGACACUCUAAUUAGGAAUGAAACAAAAGAAUCAGCCCUUAUGGCGGCCAGCAGUGUUGAUGGUAGAUGGUGUAUAAGAUCAGAGACUGAUCAACCGACAAGUUUGAAGGGUCUUCUAUUGUCCAGUGGUUCAGGAAGUAUAAUAGAGCCAUUUGCAGCUGUUCCUUUGAAUGAUGAGUUACAGCAAGCAAGAGCAUUAGUAGCAAAAGCUGAGGCAGAUGUGCUCUCAAUGGUGACAGAAAAGAUACAAAUGGAUCUUGACGAAAUGGAAAAGAGCUUGACAACUGCGAUUCAAUUGGAUAUGAUUUAUGCUCGUGCAACUUAUAGUCUUUCAUAUGGAGGGACAUAUCCCAAUAUAUUCCUUCCAGAAGACAUCAAUGAACCUUUAACAGCUGAAUCCGACAGAUCAAAGGACAAAACGUCACAGCCACCAGAUCCAAAAAAGGAAUGGAUUUUCUAUCUGCAUAGGGCUUAUCAUCCUUUAUUACUUCAGCAGCAUAGGCAAAAGCUGAGCACAGCUCGGAAGAAUGUCCGCAAUGCUGCUGCUGAAAUUAGGAGAAGAAAACUUCAGGCAGAGAAUAUGACAGUGAAAGGAGCAGCAGAAAUAGAUCUUUCAUCCUUGCAAAAGCAGGUUAGAGCACUAGAAGAAGCUCCCCCUGUACCAGUUGAUUUUCUUAUUUCUCAGAAGACCAGAGUGCUGGUCAUAACUGGCCCUAAUACUGGUGGUAAAACUAUAUGCUUAAAGACAAUCGGAUUGGCUGCUAUGAUGGCAAAAUCAGGUCUUCAUGUUUUAUCUUCAGAAUCUGCUAAAGUUCCUUGGUUUGAUAGUGUUUUUGCUGAUAUUGGCGAUGAGCAGUCUUUGUCUCAGUCAUUAUCUACAUUCUCUGGACACUUGAAACAAAUUAGUGAAAUCCAAUCAAAAUCUACAAGCCGAUCACUGGUGCUACUAGAUGAAGUUGGUGCUGGAACUAAUCCCCUUGAAGGAGCAGCACUAGGAAUGUCUCUGCUAGAAUCUUUUGCUAAAAGUGGGGCAUUGCUGACAAUAGCUACAACGCAUCAUGGCGAACUUAAAACUUUGAAAUACAGUAAUGAUGCUUUUGAAAAUGCUUGCAUGGAAUUUGAUGAAGAGAAUUUGAAGCCAACUUACAAAAUUCUCUGGGGAGUACCAGGUCGAUCAAAUGCGAUUAAUAUAGCUGAAAGAUUGGGAGUACCAAGCAUAAUUGUUGAUGAUGCUCGUGAAUUAUAUGGUGCUGCUAGUGCAGAGAUUGACGAGGUAAUAAUGGAUAUGGAAACAUUCAAGCAAAAAUUCCAAGAGCAUAUCAAUGAGUCCCGGCAUCAUCUAAUGCUGUCGAGAGAUCUUCAUGAAAAGCUAUUGCUCAACAGAAGAAAGCUCCAAGAGGUUGUUGCUCAACAAAGAUAUAAGAAGAUGCGAGAACUAUCUGAGGCUGCUGCAGUUGCUCGAUCUACCCUUCACAAAAAGGUACAGCAGCUUCGUACAUCUGCCAUGAAACAAUCUCAACUCAGUAAAGCAAGCAAGCGUACACUAGCAAAUCAAUACAAGCAUGCUGUGGAAGUUGAAACUAAGCUGCAGACUACCAAUCCAAGUUCGUCCUCUAUUCAAGUUAUUAAGAAACCACAAUCAGAACAAAUUACCGAGCUUCCUAAGGUUGGUGAUUCGGUGCAUGUUUCAUCACUUGGCAAGAGAGCAACAGUUUUAAAAGUAGACACACACAAAGAAGAAAUAGUAGUUCAAGCUGGUAACAUGAAGCUGAAGCUAAAAGUAACUGAAGUUCAGAGAUGAAUGGAAAGAAUAGUAUGCUGAUAGGUACCUAACUUUUACAGACACUGUUUCAUUGAUUUUCUCAGUUGUCCAUAAUCUUUUCGUUCAUAAUUCUUUA